UCCGUAAAGAAAAAAGAAGCCCAAAACCCGUUUCACUUCUUCUUCCACGAGAGGAGACUAGAAACCUCUCUCACUAUCUACUUCACUCGCAUUCUUUUAUUCUUUUAUUUAUUGGUUUCAUCACUGCCUCGAUCUCUCUCUCUUUGAUCCGAGAGUACAUCUCCGAUUCCUUGUGUUCAAUUUUCUCUGAAGACGACAAUGAGAACUCCUGGAACUCCACUUUCGAAAACCGACAGAACACCAGGUGGAAGCUCAAGAUCCAGGGAGGAGAAGAUUGUUGUUACCGUGAGGCUAAGGCCGCUGAACAAGAAGGAACAGUUAGCUAAAGACCAAGUGGCUUGGGAAUGUGUUGAUGACCACACCAUUGUCUCCAAACCACAGGCUCAAGAACGUUCGCAUCACCAGUCCUCAUUUACAUUCGAUAAAGUGUUUGGACCAGAGAGUGUCACAGAAGAUGUGUAUGAAAAUGGUGUUAAGAAUGUUGCAUUGUCUGCUCUGAUGGGCAUUAACGCAACAAUAUUUGCAUAUGGACAAACGAGCAGUGGGAAGACAUAUACCAUGAGAGGAGUAACGGAGAAAGCUGUCAAUGAUAUUUACAGUCACAUAAUUAACACCCCUGAAAGAGACUUUACUAUCAAGAUCUCUGGUCUGGAAAUUUAUAAUGAGAAUGUGAGGGAUCUGCUGAAUUCAGAUUCUGGACGUGCUCUUAAACUCCUUGAUGACCCUGAGAAAGGGACUGUGGUUGAAAAACUGGUCGAAGAAACAGCUAAUAACGAUCAACACUUGAGGCAUCUGAUUAGCAUCUGUGAAGCUCAAAGGCAAGUUGGAGAAACUGCUUUGAAUGAUACGAGCUCACGGUCACACCAAAUAAUCAGACUGACGAUACAAAGUACUCACCGCGAAAAUUCAGAUUGUGUGAGGUCAUACAUGGCUAGUCUGAACUUUGUGGACUUAGCAGGAAGUGAAAGAGCGUCACAAUCGCAGGCAGAUGGAACGAGACUCAGGGAAGGUUGCCAUAUCAAUCUUAGUCUAAUGACCCUUACAACUGUCAUAAGGAAACUAAGUGUGGGGAAGAGAAGCGGCCACAUACCUUACAGAGACUCCAAGCUCACUCGGAUAUUACAGCAUUCACUCGGUGGAAAUGCUAGAACAGCCAUUAUAUGUACACUGAGUCCAGCUUCCACUCAUGCCGAACAAUCAAGAAAUACUCUUUACUUCGCCAACCGAGCCAAGGAAGUUACAAACAACGCCCAAGUGAAUAUGGUUGUCUCUGAUAAGCAACUAGUGAAACAUCUUCAGAAAGAAGUGGCUAGAUUGGAGGCAGAGCGUCGCACACCUGGUCCAUCGACAGAAAAGGAUUUUAAGAUCCAGCAGAUGGAAAUGGAGAUUGAAGAGCUUAGGAGACAAAGAGAUGAUGCACAAGUCCAACUUGAAGAGUUGCGCCAAAAGCUUCAAGUGGAACAACAACAAAAUAAGGGCUUAAAUCCUUUUGAUUCACCAGUCCCACCGGUCAGAAAAUGUCUUUCCUAUUCCGUUGCCGUGACGCCUAGCGCGGAGAACAAAACGCUAAACCGGAACGAGAGAGCAAGAAAGACAACUAUACGCCAAUCUAUGAUACGCCAGUCAUCAACAGCUCCUUUCACACUGAUGCACGAGAUCCGGAAACUCGAACACCUUCAAGAACAGCUUGGGGAGGAAGCAACAAAGGCUCUCGAAGUACUACAGAAGGAAGUAGCUUGCCACAGACUAGGAAACCAAGACGCAGCUCAGACAAUCGCCAAGCUUCAAGAAGAGAUAAGGGAGAUGCGUACUGUGAAAUCAUCCACAGUGCUUAAAGAUGUUGGAGACGUCAUAGCUCCUAACAAGAGUGUAAGUGCUAACUUAAAGGAAGAGAUAACAAGGCUCCAUUCACAAGGAAGCACCAUUGCAAAUCUAGAGGAGCAGCUUGAGAGUGUUCAGAAGUCGAUUGAUAAGCUGGUGAUGUCACUUACAAGCAACACCAACGCUGGAGAUGAAACUCCGAAGACAAAGAAUCAUCAUCAUCACUCAAAGAAGAAGAAGCUUCCAUUGACGCCGAGCAGCGUGUCCAACCGCCAGAAUUUCUUGAAAUCUCCAUGCUCUCCUCUUUCAGCUUCUAAGCAAGUCUUGGACUGUGAUGCUGAGAACAAAGAUCCUCAAGAGAACAACAGUUCUGCAACUAGAGGAGGGACAACGACACCACAGGAGACUCCACAGAAAGGAGGAGAAGAAAGCGGAGAUGUGUCGUCAAGAGAAAGCACUCCAGGGUACAGAAGAUCAAGCUCAGUGAACAUGAAGAAAAUGCAGCAGAUGUUCCAAAACGCAGCGGAGGAGAACGUGAGAAGCAUAAGAGCAUACGUCACCGAACUCAAAGAACGUGUCGCCAAACUACAGUACCAGAAACAACUUCUCGUUUGUCAGGUGCUUGAGCUGGAAGCAAAUGAAGGAGCUGGAUACAGCGUAGAGGACGAGGAGAAGACCAUAGAGGAAAAUGAAGAGCAGAGUCAAGUAGCGUGGCAUAUAACAUUCAUAGAGGAGAGACAACAGAUCAUAGAGCUGUGGCAUGUCUGCCACGUCUCCAUCAUCCACAGGACACAGUUCUAUCUACUGUUCAAAGGCGAUCAGGCAGACCAAAUCUACAUGGAAGUCGAGCUGAGACGGUUAACUUGGUUAGAACAACACCUAGCAGAAGUAGGUAACGCAACUCCAGCUCGAAUAGGUAACGGAACUCCAUCUAAAAAUGGCGAUGACACUGCAGUUGUAUCUCUAUCAUCAAGUAUAAGAGCAUUGAGACGUGAGAGGGAGUUUUUGGCGAGAAGGAUCAAUUCGAGACUGACGCCUGAGGAGAGAGAGGAGCUGUACAUGAAAUGGGACGUGCCACUGGAAGGGAAACAGAGGAAGCUACAGUUCGUGAACAAGCUAUGGACUGAUCCUUACGACUCAAGGCACGUGCAAGAGAGUGCAGAGAUAGUGGCGAAGCUUGUUGGGUUCUGCGAAAGUGGGAACAUCUCUAAAGAGAUGUUUGAGCUCAACUUCGCCAUGCCUUCGGAUAAAAGGUGGAACAUUGGUUGGGACAACAUCUCUAAUCUUCUUCAUCUAUAAAACAUUUUUUUUGUUUGUGAAUUAUGUUCUAUUAUCAUUUCUAUUUGUAUUCCUUCGCAUUUGACCAGUCAUAUCGUUUAUCCAAGAA